GUCUUUGAUUGGAAUAGCAACAAUGUGACCGACCAGGACAGAGGGGUUUUGGUAGAUCUGGGUGUGGAUAUUGGCACAGUGCCUGUCUCCCCUGGGUCCAGCUUCUGCUAUGAUUUCAUUCCUGGAGCUACAAAUUUGAAAGGAAAAGAGGGGGAAAAAGACAAAAUUGAAUGUAGCAACCCUUCAGCUUUGGCUAAAAUGCCAAAUGCAAGGCACAAGUAUUAUUUUUUUAACCUACCGUUCUGGGGCAAAUUCGGAAAUUGCUUGCUUGCAAGCCCUUCUCUUAUCGUUUGGUUUGGCUGAUUUCCAAAGCACCAAGGCUAGCUAUUGAGGGACUGAAAUACAAUCGGUAGUGAUACAUUUUCACUACAUAAAACAUCGUCUGCCUCCAAAGCCUGGAGUGGCUCUGAAAGCAGUGCAUCCGUAACAGCUCCAGGCUGCUGAACUCGAGAGGGAGGAGACCCUGGAUCACAAUGUCCCAGCAAAAGUGCAUUGUGAUCUUUGCCCUGGUAUGUUGCUUUGCCAUCCUAGUCGCCUUGAUCUUUUCAGCUGUGGACAUUGCAGGAGAGGAUGAGGAUGGACUCUCAGAAAAGAAUUGUCAAAAUAACUGUCGAAUUGCUCUGGUGGAGAAUAUUCCUGAAGGCCUUAAUUAUUCGGAAACAGCACCAUUCCAUUUGUCACUUUUCCAAGGUUGGAUGAAUUUGCUCAACAUGGCCAAAAAGUCUGUCGACAUAGUGUCUUCUCAUUGGGACCUCAACCACAGUCAUCCAUCAGCAUGCCAGGGUCAGCGUCUUUUUGAAAAGUUACUACAAUUGGCUGCUCGAAAUAUUGAGAUCAAAUUAGUGAGUGAUGCAGCAGUCCAGUCAAAGGUAUUGGAAGACUUGAAAGUAAAGGGUGCAGAGGUGACAUACAUUGACAUGAAUGCUUACAACAAAGGUCGACUCCAAUCGUCCUUCUGGAUCGUUGAUAAACAGCACAUUUACAUUGGUAGUGCCAGCUUGGACUGGAGGUCACUAGGGCAGAUGAAAGAACUUGGUGUCAUCUUUUACAACUGCAGCUGUCUGGUCCUAGAUUUGCAAAGGAUAUUUGCUUUGUAUAGCUCAUUAAGAUACAAAAGCAGAGUACCUCAAACUUGGUCAAAAAGGUUGUAUGGAGUGUAUGACAAUCAAAAAAAAUUGCAACUUCAGUUGAAUGAAACAAAGUCUCAAGCAUUUGUGUCGAAUUCUCCUAAAGUCUUUUGCCCUAAAAAUAGAAGCUUUGAUAUAGAUGCCAUCUAUAGUGUCAUAGAUGAUGCCAAGGAGUUUGUGUUCAUUGCUGUAAUGGAUUACCUGCCUAUCUCUAACACAAACACCAAAAGAACUUAUUGGCCAGAUUUGGAUGGGAAAAUAAGAGAAGCAUUAGUUUUACGAAGAGUUAAAGUUCGACUCCUCAUCAGUUUCUGGAAGGAAACAGACCCCCUGACAUUUAACUUUGUUUCAUCUCUUAAAGCAAUUUGCACUGAAAUUGCCAACUGCAGUUUGAAAGUUAAAUUCUUUGAUUUAGAAAAAGAGAGUGCCUGCUCUACAAAAGAACAAAAGAACAAUUCCCUUCCCAAGUUAAAUAGAAAUAAAUACAUGGUAACAGAUGGAGCAGCUUACAUUGGGAACUUUGAUUGGGUAGGAAAUGAUUUUACCCAGAAUGCUGGCACAGGCCUUGUUAUCAACCAGGCAGAUGUGGAAAACGGCACAAGCAUCAUCAGACAACUGAAAGGGGUAUUUGAAAGGGACUGGUAUUCACCUUAUGCUAAAAACUUACAACCAACUAAACAGCCAAACUGCUCCAGCCACAAACUCAACAAAUUGGCAACAAACAAGACUGCUGUAGCCUACAAUACAAGUGAGAACGACCCCAUGAGUGUACAAAAUGAAUGAAGAGAUGUGACAAGAUGGAAAGAUUGACAUUUCCUAAUAAGAAACUAGGGGAGGUGGGGAAGCCAAAAACAAAGUCUUUUUUUUUUUUUUUAAGGAAAAAGCACACAUCAAAAAUGUCUCUGAACUGCAUAUAAUAACAUCUAUAGACGUAUAUAAUAGCUCUCUAUACAAUGAUUUAAGACUUUUAUAUUUGUUACUUCUGACAACGAAUGUCCUUUCUGCUUAGAAGUUAGUUUUCAAGUUUUACAUGUGAAUUUAAAGACUUCGGUUUUCUUCCCGUUUCCUUGCCUGGUUAUCACCCCAAGAUUUGAGGGGAAAUGAAAGUGAGCUCUGUGAUGCCACUUCAAGAUCUGUUGACUUACAGAGGACGGUGGGUAUUUCACCUUGAGAGGAUACCAGUAGGGGCACAUAAAUCACUGUUCAUUCCUGCACCACCACACCAUCAUCCAAGCAUUACUGGCUUACAGUUAUAUGGCAUCCUCUAAAACUAUAUGUAAAAAUGCCAUUAGGUCUUCUCACUCAAUUCUUCCCAAUAGCAUAGGUUUUAUAUUCUCUUCACCCCUUGUAAAAUGUUCUUGUUCUAAGCAUUCCUUCUAAAUUCUAUUGUCAUUAAUUCUGAGUACAAUAUCUUUUGCAAAUGCCUUAUUCCUCUAAAUGACUACACAAAGGAAAUGGAAGGGGGAAGCUAAGUGGUACAAUGGAUAAGGUAGCGGCCCUGAAUUCAGGAGGACCUGAGUUCAAAUUUGGCCCCAGACACUUGACACUACUAGCUGUGUGACCCUGGGCAAGUCACUUAACCCUCAUUGCCCUGCAAAAAAAAGAAGAAGAAAAAAAAAAGAAAUGGAAGUCCUCAAUUUUCACCUUUCAACUGUGAUUUUCUAUACAAUUGGUAUUUUUGAACUGUAACCUGCAAUAUAUUGAGCAUUUUUGCCUUCUCCAAAAGUCAGGUGGAUUCCCAAUUAGGAAAAAAAAAUUAAUCACUACUAAUUCUCAAGGUUAUGUAAAGCCAGAUUUGGUUUGGGUUUGUUGGGGUUUGGAUUGGGUGGGAGGGGGAAUACUUAUUUUACAUUUUUAAGAAUAUGGUAUUAUGAAGGAAAGACCUUUGUGGAACAAUUAUUUUAGUUUGCUUAGAAUAAUUAUGAUGCUUUUGAGAGUAAGUCAGCAAAAGUUUGUAGCACUCUUCCUCUUUAGUCACUUAAGAUACCAAAUGCUUUUCAGUGAAAUGCAAUUUUAAAACUGUGCUUUCAUGUUUUACUAAUCAGCAAAAGAAUGCUGAUUAGGCUUCUUAUUCUAUACUCUUGUUGUGUGUCAUUAUUUUAUAAAUAUACCAUAUAGACCCAUAAAUAUAUUAAUAGAGGCUGUUGACACAUGAGAGAGGCAUGGUCUAGUCUGAGCACAUAGCUGGUAGCCAGGAUGAAAGAGUCCUAGGACUCUUCUUGGUUCCCUCUAUAGUUAAAGACCAGACACAUCACCCCUUUGCCUCCAGUUUCUAUUGGCAACGUAGGGACAGUAAUACCCACUACCUCACAGGGAUGUUGUGAGGGUUAGGAAAUAUUUACAAAGUGUUUUGAAAUCAAAAGAUCCUAUAUAAAUGCUAAGCAUUCUUACAUAUAAUCUUUUUUCUUGGGAUCAACUUGGUGAUAUCCUAUUGUAAUAUAGACUGGUAUUCCUGAGAAACUGGCGAAGGAACAAAAGGUGUCUUCAAAGCUGCAGAUUUGGAUGAAAAUCUCAUGGAGACGUCAAGAACCCUAAUGGAAGUUUGAAUUAUCAAGAAUGUUGGGACAGCAUUAGAGUGGGACAUUUUGGCGUGUCAUUUUGUAUCAAUGUGAAGCAACAUCAACAUGGAGCACUGUGCUGGUCAUCCUUUUUGAAAACAGCAGGCCAGUUUGUUUGCAGAACAAGAGAAAGCAUUCUCACCAACCACAAUGCUUCUUUUUCAACCACUUGGUUCUUAUCAUGCCAGAAGAAACAGGGAUGCACAUCAGUUUUAUCAGCUGGAUCCCAGUAUUCAAGAAUGACUGAUGAUUUGUCUCACUAUUGUAAAAACUUUCUGGUUGUUUUAAAAUAAUGCUUGGUUGGACACAUCAACCAGUUAGAAAAUGGUGCAUGUGGUAGAAUUGUAUUUUUUAAAAGAAUACUGUACUUUUAUGAAAGAAUUUGAUUUUUUUAAAGGUCUGUGGGUUUUAACGACAUUCUUUAUCACUAAUGGCCAGCCUAUCCAGACUGAAUAUUUAACACAGAUUCCAUUUAUUGUAGGGUGCUAUAUGGAUGACUUUGACAUAAUGUGGGGAUCAAUAACCAUUCCACUAAAGUGCAGUAAGGUUUAGUAAGUUAGCUUACA